CUAGAAUUCUACAUGCCAAUAUGCAUUGCACAAGCACCAUUCUCACAUCCCCCUCCUGCAUUUUCUAUUCCAAAGGAGAGAGUCUCCCAAAUGAAUAUUUUCCUUGCUGCUGUUCUGGGCGAGCUGAUAACAAGAUCCAUAAAUUUACUUAUCGACAAUAGCUGCAAGCCACCAACAGCACCGGAUGUGGAGGAUCGCCUCCGCAGGAUCCUGCUCCGGGCGCAGGUCAUCGUUGAUGAAGCCAUGGGACGGCAGAUCACAAACCGAGGUGUUCUCCAGCAGCUAGACAUGCUCAGAGAUGCCAUGUACCACGGCUAUUACAUCCUCGACACCUUCAGAUACCAAUCUCAUAGCGAAGAGGAGACCAAAGGUCAGGUCCUGACCGACUCUUUAUCUCUUUUGAAAGUAGUAAAUUCUCUACAAGGCUUGUGUUCGUCCAGUAGAAACACACAGAUUUUGGAACAUCUGCAAAAGUCGCUUGAUGUUUUAAGUUCCAUGAUCAUUGAUAUGAAAGAGAUAGUCGUGUUCGUGAUGAGCUAUCCACGCCUAUACCGCCAACCUUAUAGCAUGCAUCUCCUGGUGGGAAAUUGUAUGUUUGGGCGCCAGAUGGAAACUGAACUUGUCAUCAGCUUCCUAUUGCACGCACAACCUCAUGGUCCUAAAGAACUAGAGGUCCUGCCAAUCGUUGGUCCCGGUAAAGUAGGCAAGACCACCCUUGUUGCUCAUGUUUGUAAAGAUGCAAGGGUCCGUGACCAUUUCUCAGAAAUACUUUUCUUGCACGAGCAUGACCUCACAGGUGUUGACCUUGCUGCGCUCAAAGAAGGAUAUGUAACGGAACAUCAAAAUCAUGGAUCAAAUUCAAACAAAGAGGGAAGAAGAUUACUUAUUGUUGUUGAGUUAGUUGGCACUCUCACCGAAGAUGUAUGGAAUAGGUUGUAUUCUGGUUCUGUAGAACAUGUACCAAGCGGUAGUAAAAUCAUUGUCACAAGCCGGUCUGACGAAAUCAUAAAGUUUGGAACAAACCAGCCACUAAGUCUGAAGUAUCUGUCCCAUGAAGCAUAUUGGUAUUUCUUUAAGAUGAUCACAUUUGGAAGCAUGGAUCCUGAGAUGCAUCCGAGGUUUGCCCGUAUGGCCAUGGAGAUAGCCAGGAUGCAUAACGGGUGCUUCAUUGGUGCAAAUAUGAUCGGUUGUUUGCUGAGUGACAACAUUGAUUUCCACUUUUGGUGCAAGGUUUUGGGCUUCUUGAGAGGUACCAUCAGGAAGCAUGUCUCUAAAUUGGGUGGGCAUCCAUUCGAUCUUAUAAAUGAGAAAAAGCCUGCACAUCUAGGGAGAAUGUGUGCACCUUCUGAGGAUUUCGUGCUUCACUAUGAGUACCAACGCUCUUCACAAGAGGAUGUUCCGGAGAUCAGAAUCCAAGAUGUGAUUUAUGGGAGUGUUAAGGCUCAAGGGAAAUUUGAGGCCCUCGGAUGGAGGUCUCGAAUACCGCCCUACCAUAGCUAUAUAAAUGUAUGUGAGAUUCGAGGGCUAAAAACUACGGGUACAAAGCGGAAGCGCUGUAUGAAAAAUGGAGUCACGCUUUACUAAUUUUUUCUGUUAUACUAUUGUUUUUUUUAGUGAUGUUGUACUAUUGUUAUGUAUGAAGACAUGUAGUGAUUAUGUUUUGAUGGGGUGUCACAAGUCACAACAUUGACAUGAUUCGAUGUUACAAUUUACAAAGUUUUCAAACUGUACGAGUACAUUGGCAUGUAUAAAGUUUGUUUAAUUUAUUGCUGACGGAAUAUUCAUGGCGUUCUCGCAAAAGAAAACAGAGAAUAAUGCAUGACGUUGAGGCAUAGCGUCCACAAUCUCUCAGAUUGUCGCCAUGCUCAAGCAGGAGACGAAACUCUGGGUUGAGCUAGGCCACCCGGUCUCUGUAACUGUCAUUUCUGAUUGUAACCAGUCCCGGACCAAACAUUUUUGCCCGGCGACGCAUCCAAUUCUUUCAUAUGGACUUCCCCCAAAAAAAUCUUCCAUUCGUCCAAGAUCAACCUGGUUGGAGGUUCCAUCAGUAUUUGUCAGGGGAUCGAGGAAGAACUGGGUGGGGAUUGGGGUUCAGCAUCCCAGCCCAGGACGGGCGGCUCUGCUCCAUCGGCGGCGAGACUGCUCACCGCCUGACGACGUUGGACAAGACAAACAAACCAUCGCUCUCAUGGUCAUGGAAGUCCCUCUCGCCUUCGUCGCUCGGCUCAGCCUCUCAGCUGUUGGGUCCUCAUCCUCACUCCUUACCUCGGCUAUGGCCAUGGCUAUGGUCGCCGCCGCUCGGGAUGACGGGAUUGACUCCGGCAGCUUGAUCGCCUCCGCAGCCCCCAGUCAGUCCAUUCUCCUUACCCUAUCUGCAGAGAAUUAGAGGAGGGACCUGAGUGGGGUGGGCUAGCAGUUGCGAUCAAGGCCAUAACUCAUAUAUCCAGCUGUUGGUUUGUGUGUGUGUAUGUAUGUAUGUAUGUAUGUAAUAUAGAUAUAUGGUGGGUUAAAAUGUAAAAGGGUGAAGGAAUAAGAAAAGGAAAGGGGAGAGAAAAAUCUCCUGAGUAGAUUUCCCCAAA